CAAAAUACAUCACGAGUAAAAAAAAAAAGCAGAGUGCGUUGAAUCAGCCAGUUAUAUAAAUGUGAGAUGCAAGUUCAUGAAUUCCAAUAAUACCAACCACUACUGGAAUUUGUUCGAGUCUUCUCGUGCAUGCAUGGCAAUACUCAUACCUGGCACACUCUAACAACAACGUAACAGUGUGGCAGUGAAAUAGGCCUUGUGGAAUCUAAGGCUUCAUAAAUAGCAAGUUAGCAACACAUACACUCCUUUUUGCCUCUUUUACAAGUUCCAAUCAACCACCCUUAGUUUCUUGCUUCUUGGUCGUGAAAGUGUGUUCAGUAUUCACAAUGGGAGCAUGCUAUGCUCAUUCUUGUUCCUUCAUUCUUGUUGCUGCCAUUGCAUUCUUUUGUGUUGGCAGUGUCAACUCUGAAAACCCAUACAGGUUCUUCACUUGGAAGGUCACCUAUGGUGACAUUUAUCCUCUUGGUGUUAAGCAACAGGGGAUCUUGAUUAAUGGGCAAUUCCCAGGGCCCACUAUAGAUGCGGUUACAAAUGAUAACCUGAUCAUCAGUGUCUAUAACUACCUUAUAGAACCAUUCCUCAUUUCAUGGAAUGGAUUACAGAAUAGGAGGAACUCAUGGCAGGAUGGAGUUGAAGGCACAAACUGUCCAAUCCCACCAGGGAAGAACUUCACUUAUGUUAUUCAGCUCAAAGACCAGAUUGGAAGCUUCUUCUACUUCCCUUCUCUUAAAAUGCAAAAAGCCGCCGGAGGAUUCGGCGCCAUCAGGAUCUGGAGCCGGCCAGGGAUUCCGGUUCCUUUUCCUCCUCCUGCUCAGGACUACAUCAUACUUGCUGGAGAUUGGUACAAGAGAGGCCAUCAUAAAUUGAUGCAUAGCCUAUGGCGUGGUCAUAAUCUUCCUUUUCCUGAUGGACUUGUUAUCAAUGGACGUGGUUGGAAUGGAAUCACAUUCACUGUUGAUCAAGGUAAUACAUAUAGAUUGCGGAUAUCAAAUGUGGGGUUGACAACAUCAAUCAACAUGAGAAUCCAAGGGCACAAGAUGAAACUUGUGGAGGUAGAAGGGUCUCACACCAUACAGAACACUUACUCUUCCCUUGACAUCCAUCUUGGACAGACCUAUUCUGUUCUUGUCACUGCUGAUCAACCUCCAAAGGAUUACUACAUAGUUGUCUCCACUAGAUUCACCAGAAGGGUACUCACCACCACUGCAAUUCUUCACUAUAGCGACUCAAAUCGGCAUCUAUCUACUACUCCUCCCCGAGGGCCUACCCAAGAUAUUGCUUCCUCUCUUUAUCAAGCCAAAACUAUACGUUGGAAUCUGACAGCAAGUGGACCAAGACCAAACCCACAAGGAUCAUACCCCUACGGACUAAUCAAACCAACAAGAACCAUAAUUCUGGCAAACUCUGCUCAUUUCAUAAAUGGAAAACAGAGGUAUGCUGUGAAUGGUGUGUCAUAUGUUGCACCAGAUACACCAUUGAAGCUAGCUGACUACUUCAACAUCCCUGGAGUUUUCUCUGUUGGGACCAUCCCUACCACCCCUUCAAGGGGAACCAAUAAUGCCUACCUCCAAACCUCUGUGAUGGGGGCAAGUUUCCAUGACUUUGUGGAGAUUGUGUUCCAAAAUGGAGAGAAGUCUGUGCAGUCAUGGCAUCUUGAUGGACAUUCCUUCUUUGUUGUAGGGUUCGGUAGUGGAAGGUGGACACCUCAAAGUAGAGCACAUUACAAUCUGAGAGAUGCUGUAUAUAGAUGCACCACUCAGGUGUACCCCAAGUCAUGGACAGCAAUAUACGUGGCACUAGACAACGUGGGAAUGUGGAACUUAAGGUCUGAGAAUUGGGGAAGGCAAUACUUGGGGCAGCAACUGUAUGUGAGGGUACACACACCUUCCAAAUCAUUCAGAGAUGAACUUCCGAUCCCAAAGAAUGCACUCCUUUGUGGCAGGGCAAGGGGUCGCUACACUAGGCCUUUUUAAUUUCAUCAACACUAAGUCUAGAACCAAUGCAUGUAUCAUGUAUGGAGAAUGAUAAUAUGAUAUCACCACAAUGCUUUUGCAAAUUAAAUUAGCGGCUAUUGUUAGUUCCA